CAGCAAGUCAUAGUAGGGCAGUAGUAGCAGCAGUAUGGCAGUAUAGCAGCUACCCGUCCAGUUACCGGAUUGAAAGGGAGCCGCCCCCUUCUUUCCCUUUCUCUCUGCGCUCCCAUUACAUCGACUCUUUUUGCUCCCUCAUGUUCAUUCCUCAUUCUCGUACAACUUCAUUUUGAUUCAAUUCAUUGCCAGUUCGGGCACCACCAUCACCAUCACCACCAUCAUCAUCUACCCAGCUUGCCAGACUCCCAUCUGAUCCGGACCCGCCCCCGCAUCCUUUCCGCACUUCCCCCUCUCUUCCCGAUUUACAAAGGUCCUGAAUUAAUCCACUCCCCUUUCUCCAAACCCGUCAUCAUCGAAUCAUCCAGAUAUCGACCUGACCUUUUUUUCCUCUCUCUCUCUUACAGACAGUCCUUUCUUGGUGCGUUUGCCUCUACUCUCCCCUGUUCGUUGGUGUCUGUUUGCCCUCCCUCCACCUGCUCCCUGGUUCACGAUGCCCUACGUCCCACCAAAAGGGCAUGGCAUAAUACCUCGUAAAAAGGUGACGGGUCGUAUACCACGCACGCGACAUUUCCCAAAACCCAAAGGGGUUCAUGAUGACCAAUCGACACCGAGAGGCGAGCAUCACAACGAUGCACAGGACCCAUCUUCCUCGUCGUCUUUGGCAGAUAGACUGGCGGCGACUCGUCUGUCCCCAAGUUGGAAUAGCAUGGAUGACGCGAAUAUGGAUCAAGAGGACAAGGAAUCAUACCCUCGAACCUCUAUGGAUUCCAACACCAACGCUCCAAUUCGACCCACCAGGACCACCGCGUCAUCCGCUUCGAUCCCCUCUCUCGCUGACAAUCUCACCGCUACGACUUCCUCAACAUCACUCCAUUCACCCGAAACUCAAAGCGUCCACCUGACUUCUGAGGAGCAACCGACCGGCAAACGCAUGGAUGAAGCGGGGAAUCAUGCGACUUCUGCGUCAAUCUCUAGCGUGUCCUCACCUGUCAAUACAACCCCUUCUGAGAUCACCAUGGUGACCUCUACGACGAGCUUGAGUGAAAUGGUCGACGAGAACGCACAGAGUCUGCAACGGUACAAGGCAGGCUUGUACACGUACACGCGCACUCUCUACUUACAAGCUCAGCAGACGAUUCAACGAAAAGCUGCGAUCGAGUCCUUGCCCCAGUUUGGUCUCAACAAGACAGCGGUGGAUCGGAAGAGUGCCAAACGAGCCAUGGCUAAACGUCUCAGCUCGUUCUCCUAGUCGCGCUGCAUCUCGGACUGUCGGCGGCACCGUCCCUGCCCUUCACGCAUUCCCUCACGCAUCCCUAUACCUGGCAUAUUCCCUCCAUCGUCAGUCACCCUCUCAAAACCGCCUCUCUCCUCUAGUCGUCACGCCACAACGCAUCCUCCCAUUACUCUCAUGUUCAUGAACACACACGAUCCCAUCACAUACACAUAAAGUUGUACAUAUGUCGGAGUUCCUCUUUUCAUUCUCGCCCUUACCCCCCUUCUGUACUUAGAUUUUCUUUUGAACGCUGGUCCUCUCUGGCUGGCUCACGCCUCACCUCUUCAUGUAGCGAUAAUAUUGGUGUCGUCUCUUGUCUCGGCUUCUCAUGCAGCAUCGUGUCGAUUGUA